AUGGCUGAAAUCGCCGGAAAACGACAACGAAGAAAGAGCCUGGGCGUGUUCAGUCCAUCCCUCACUAUAUCGACCUCCCUCCGGCCUCCGCUCCAUGACCGAACACCCUCGGAUGAUACCUUGACUCGAGACAAGAAAACCCGACGGAAUUCUGGCUUCUUCGGCCGGGCUCACAGUCCGAACAUAGGGCCCGAUGGAUUGAAUAACCGCCGGCCAGGGACAGCAGGCUCUGACUCCCCCGGCUGGUCCGCAUCCACACCCGUCAUUGAAACCCCUCGCCCGCGGAGGAAAUCGCUGCAGAAAAAGCGAACGUCAGUUUUUGGAUCUCUAAGGUCAUUACACUCAUGGGAGGAUGAUGAACCUCUGAGUGCCUCCGUCGGCUCGGUGGCGGACGAGCAGACCACGGCCAGUCCCCGAAAUGGGAUCUGGUCAUCUGCAAUCCUCCACCACGGGGAGGUUCAGACGACUGGAGGCAUGUGGAGGAAAAAGAGUCAAUAUUUGGUGCUUACGGAUACCCACCUCAUUCGCUUCAAGAACCAAGGCAAAGCUGCCGAUGUCUUUGGUUCUAUUCCCGCUUCUUAUACCAGGGCUCCAGCUUCCCAUCGCCAAUCAGUGGCUUCAGUCAGUUCUCUGCAGGAUAUGCAAGUAAUGGCAUCCGGAGAUGCAUCUGCCGGAAUCCCAUUAAACAGCAUAAUCGCAGUCUAUAUGCUGGAGGAUGCGCGAUUAUCUCCAUCGGUCGAAGUGGCCUAUCUCGAUGAGCGCACACACAAAGCCACCUUGGUGCAAAUGCAGACAUCUGAUCUGCAAGAAUUGAACCUUUGGAUGGUAGGCAUUCGUCAAGCCGCGCAGAUGGCUAGAGCAAAUUCUCCAAUGCCAUUCAGCAAGGGUUCGAUUGAGUAUGUAACUCGUAUGCUAGAACACGAGCGAGAUUACGACCCGGAGGCGUUCCGCAUGUUCCGGGUCAUUCAAAUCGCGUCCAGCAAGUCAAUCACCCGCUCUUCCUCCGAUGACCUGACCAAACUCUCGCCCACGGGCUGCUAUCUUGCCAUUGGCGCACAUAAGCUUCAUCUGCUGCCCAUGCAGAAGACAACCAAUCGAGCAUCGGUCGUAUCUCUAUCAGACUGGGAGGCUGGUACUUCCUUUGGUCUGAUGAAUCUGACUGGUCUGUCGAUGGAGUACGGUGACGACAGCCUGCAUCUGACCUUCAGGGUUCCUCUCAAGAAAUCUUUCAAUGUGUUCCUGGCCUCUGUUCAUUCCGUUGAAGUCGCUUGUUGGAUCCGACAACAUACUGAGUAUCUCCGUCCAUUGUGGAUAAGACAGCCGUACGAAUUCGUUGUUCCGAAAGAAUUGCAAAAUGACGAUAACUUCCCGCCUGUUGCUUUAGACGAAGAUUAUGGAUGCUUUGACCGGACGCUGGUUGCCUACUCCGCCAGUUAUGACAUCGACACAUCAAACAUUCGGUACACAAUCGACCAGGAAUGCGAGGAUGCUCCAUGCUUCCGUCUCCUGAAGCCUGCUUCCCCGAAAACCACACGGUACAGCGCUUUAGAACUCAUUGCGGUCAUGCGCACCCUUCGCUAUAAUGAAUUCUUCCGAUCAAUCUCUUUCCGCGGGGUCAAUCUUGAUGCAUUGCAGGGCCUUUGUGAUGUUCAUGGAGUGGAUUCCGACGUCCAUCUCGACCGAGGAGGCGCCUUCGUGCACAUUCCAGGCCAGGCGAAUCUAACUGUUCUCUCGCAGGAGGUGCGUGCUUUAGCUCUGAAGAGCAAAUGGUUGCGCCGACUUGACUUCUCUUACUGCCUUACACGGAUACCGACACCAACCCUCGACAAGGGUACUCGUGACCCAGGCUGUGGAAUUCCAGAAGCGAUUUUCCCCGUGUGCCGCCGAGAAUUGACCAGCGUGGACUGGGUUGUGCUCAACGGCAUCAAGCUGGAAUCAACGCUGGAGGCGAUCAACAUAUCAGGCGUGCAGGGCCGAUUGAAUCCCGACGUACUGCAGCAAUACAUUGGCUACUUCGGACAAAUUCGCAAGAUCAACCUAUCUCGCAUCUCACGGACAUCUGGCGCCGACCCCCUUAUAACGGCCGAAAUGCUGUUCAACUGGCGACUCGAAGAGCUGGCUCUCAGUCGCACGGUUGUGAACCGCGAGACCGUGGAUGCCAUUGCUACUUACCUGGCUAGCGAUCGCUCUCGAAACCUCCGUGUGAUUCGUCUUGAUCAGUGCGGUCUGACCGGAGAAGACGUGGCUAUGUUUAUGCACUCGAUGUCCGCUAGACCUGAUGCCCCGCGCAGCCUCCAUCUGCAUGUCAACGAGAACCGCAUUGACAACGGCUGCUCUCAUGUUUUCAACGCUAUUGCGAAGAAUCAGACUCCCUCGCAUCUGUCAAUGCGCAUGAUUGAUUUCAAGAAAGAAGACCAUUUCCGUCAGCUGGUGGACUCAGUUCGGAAGAACAACACCCUCAAGUUCCUGGAUAUCUCGAAGGCUUCCCUCCCAUACGAUGCUAGCCCCGAGACUUGCCGAUCGUUGCAAUUGAUGCUCGAGGAGAAUGAUACUCUUGAGGCUUUGGACAUUAGCGGUGAUAAUGCGCACCUCGACGUUGCACGCUUCGGCAUUGGUCUUAAUCUGGCACUGACUGGCCUGAAGAAAAACACGUCUCUAAAGGUACUGAGGAUUGAACAUCAGAAACUCGGUCUUCAGGGUGCGAAUACGCUUGCUUCGGUCUUAGAGGAGAAUGAUUCGCUGCGUGAAGUACACUGUGAGAACAACGAUAUCAAUCUGCAGUCCUUUACGGUGUUGGUCAACGGCCUUCGGUGCAACCGCUCCCUUCUCACUCUCUCCUGUAUGGACCGGGAUCGGGUCCUGUCGCUGGACAGAGUACGCCGAGAGGUUGAUAAUGUUCGAUGGGAGGCUAGCAAUAGCAACCAAACCUCCACAGCAAACUCGGUCCGUCGUUCUCUGUAUGCAGCGAUGAGCGUUGGUCAAGGGCAAGGGCACAAACUGAGCAAAACACCGCCGCCUAGUGUCGCCUCGGCCUUGGAAAACUCUCCGUUCGCCAAACACAACGUUGAACUAGUCUUGCAGUCUCUGAACGAUAGAUGGGACAAGGAAGUCUCCCGGCUUAAUCGAUACCUCCUCCGCAACUACAACAUUGCUCAUGGAAUUGAGGAGAUUGAUGAUGCUGCCAGCGAUGGACGGCCCGGGACAGCAGCGAGCCUGGGCACGAUGCUUGACAAUCUCAAACUCGACGUUUCCGUGUCGGCAGAUGAGAUCCGAACGUCGUCGCCACCAGACGAGUCUCCUGCUGCCAUCCUACUCUCAGAGGCAUCCGACACCCCAUCCCACACGUCGUCGAACAUCGAGCCCACCUCCGUCCAACCAAAGCGCCUUCCAUCCAAUAGCCGCCGCCCUCAUACCGCUGCUGCUGCACAAUUCACUCCAUCCAGUCAUGGCUCUUCAUCCCCAACCUCUCGCCUAGCUCUCCCGGUGCCAGCCGUGCCCCCAACAGUCGGAAAAGCAGAGAGCGUCCGCAGUGCACGCAGCUCUUCCAGCAACGCCUCAAUAGGCGCCGGCAGUACGCGGAGCGCCUAUGGCGUCGCCUCAUCUACCUAA